ACAGCUUGGGGUCUGAGCCACUGUCUCCGCUGACUGGACACUGAGCUCCAGAGGGGUCUAAUCAUUCUCCGCCACAGGGGACCGCUCGCCCCAGCAGCAUGCCGCCAACCCCUUACAGAGCUGAAGAAGUGGUGAGUGAGUCACCGACCCCCCUAGCAAGCGGGGGUCGGUGUGAAGAUGGCGGCAACGGGGAGGGAGAGCAGUAUUAACUGCGCUCCUGUGAAGGUUCAGAGGCACAUGGUGCGGCGCUGUGAGGGGCGCCCUGAGCCAGCGCUUACCCCCACACUGGUCCACAAGUCUGUCGGGAUCAGUGGAUCUCAGCCAGCAAGUUUUACCUCAGGCCAGUAUAAUCUAUGAAGAGCGGGAAAACAGCACCAUUAAGGGGCAGAGCUUCUCAGCAGCGUUCCAGCACCAUUUUCCUGCCUGCGCAGUGCUGGAUGGAAGAACAGGUCCCUCCACAGCAGCUACAACUGUCAGCUACAACUGUCGUCCCAUCCCAUCUACAUCUUCGUCUAGCCUACUACCAUCUGCACAACUGCCCAGCUCCCAUAAUCCUCCUCCUGUUAGCUGUCAGAUGCCGCUGCUAGACAGCAAUACUUCUCAUCAGAUCAUGGACACUAACCCUGAUGAGGAGUUCUCCCCUAACUCAUACCUGCUCCGAGCAUGCUCAGGCGUACAGCAGCCUUCCAGCAGUGAACUCGCAGAAGGACAAAGAGAGGGAGAUGGAGAGACUUAUAUACUCUACCUCCAAACAGAGGCAUCUACACUACUGAGGGAGGGAGACACAAAGCAGAGAUUUCUGGGAGGUCCCACAAAUCAUCACAGCCAGUCAACACUUCGGCCUCCUCUUCCUCCUCCACACAAUCAUACUUUAUCUCAUCACCAUUCUUCAGCCAACUCCCUCAACAAGAACUCCCUGACUAACAGACGAAACCAGAUUCAUGCACCAGCUCCUGCUCCUAAUGAUCUGGCUACAACUCCAGAGUCUGUUCAGCUUCAGGAUAGCUGGGUCCUCAACAGCAAUGUUCCACUGGAGACCAGUCACAAAGGACUCUGCCAGUGGGCAAGGCUACAGAAACAAUAUGAAGAUGUUGGAAGGAGGUCAGAGAGGGAAAGCAGGACCAAUUAUAUGCCCCCUGGCAAAAAUUUGAAACACUGGGAAAGGCACUUCUUGUUCAAGACAUCAUCAGGAACGACUCCUUUAUUCAGCAGCUCUUCUCCUGGAUAUCCGCUGACUUCAGGAACAGUCUACACUCCUCCACCGAGACUGCUACCCAGAAACACUUUCUCCAGAAAUGCCUUUAAGCUGAAAAAGCCAUCCAAGUACUGUAGCUGGAAAUGUGCCGCUUUAUCGGCCAUUGCUGCAGCGGUUCUUCUCGCUAUUUUGCUGGCUUACUUCAUUGCAAUGCAUCUCCUUGGCCUGAACUGGCAGCUCCAGCCGGCAGACGGACAUACCUUUAACAAUGGAAUAAGAACAGGCAGUGAUGAUGUUGCAACAAUGCCAUCUGGAGGCAAAGGACCGUGGACCACUACAAGAAACAGCAGUAUAGACAAUGGAGAAGUAGAAAUUGGCCGUCGGAUCACACAGGAAGUACCAGCAGGGGUGUUUUGGAGAUCACACAUCCACAUCAUUCAACCGCAGUUCCUAAAAUUUAAUAUCUCAUUAGGGAAGGAUGCUCUGUUUGGUGUUUACAUACGGAGAGGCCUACCUCCAUCACACGCUCAGUACGACUUCAUGGAGCGCUUGGACGGCAAGGAGAAGUGGAGUGUUAUAGAAGCCCCGAGAGAACGUCGCAGUAUCCAGACCUUGGUGCAAAAUGAGGCUGUGUUUGUCCAGUACUUGGAUAUUGGAAUCUGGCAUUUGGCCUUUUACAAUGAUGGGAAGGACAAAGAGAUUGUAUCAUUCAAUACAGUUGUCUUAGAUUCUGUUCAGGAUUGCCCUCGGAAUUGUGAUGGGAACGGGGAAUGUGUGUCAGGAGUCUGCCAUUGUUUCCCAGGAUUCCAUGGAGCAGAUUGUGCAAAAGCUGCUUGUCCAGUUUUGUGUAGCGGCAAUGGACAGUACUCCAAAGGCACCUGCAUAUGCUACAGUGGAUGGAAAGGGGCAGAGUGUGAUGUACCCAGCAGUCAGUGUAUAGACCCGACAUGUGGAGGCCAUGGCUCUUGCAUAGAAGGAAACUGUGUAUGUUCCGCAGGGUUUAAAGGAGACAACUGUGAAGAAGUGGACUGUAUGGACCCAACAUGCUCCAACCAUGGAGUGUGUGUGAAUAAGGAAUGCCUGUGUAGCCCUGGAUGGGGUGGCCAGAACUGUGAGCUACCGAGAACUCAAUGUCCAGAUCAGUGCAGUGGACAUGGAACAUACCUCACUGACACAGGUCUGUGUAGCUGUGAUCCUAACUGGAUGGGUCCUGAUUGCUCAGUUGAGGUAUGUUCAGUGGAUUGCGGCACUCAUGGUGUUUGCGUUGGUGGAGCAUGUCGCUGCGAAGAAGGGUGGACUGGGGUGGCAUGUGACCAACGUGUUUGCCACCCUCGCUGCACUGAACACGGAACUUGCAAAGAUGGAAAAUGUGAAUGCAGAGAGGGCUGGAAUGGGGAGCACUGCACCAUUGAUGGCUGCCCUGAUCUUUGCAAUGGCAAUGGGAGAUGCACACUCGGUCAGAACAGCUGGCAGUGUAUCUGCCAGACCGGCUGGAGAGGGUCUGGAUGCAAUGUUGCCAUGGAAACUUCUUGUGCUGAUAACAAGGAUAAUGAGGGAGAUGGGCUUGUGGACUGCUUGGAUCCAGACUGUUGCCUUCAGACAACUUGUCAGUCAAGUUUACUUUGCCGCGGAUCACGUGAUCCUCUUGAUAUCAUCCAGCAAAGCCCGUUGGGCUCACCAGCAGUGAGGUCUUUUUAUGACCGAAUCAAACUUCUGGUAGGAAAAGACAGCACACACAUCAUUCCUGGAGAAAAUCCCUUCAACAGCAGCCUUGUCUCACUAAUAAGAGGACAAGUCAUGACCACAGACGGAACUCCGCUAGUUGGUGUCAAUGUGUCUUUUGUGAAAUAUCCAAAAUAUGGUUAUACCAUAACACGCCAGGAUGGCACGUUUGACUUAAUAGCCAAUGGCGGAGCUUCCUUAACUCUUCACUUUGAGCGAGCCCCCUUCAUGAGCCAAGAGAGGACUGUGUGGCUGCCCUGGAAUAGCUUUUAUGCUAUGGAUACCCUUGCAAUGAAGACAGAAGAAAACACCAUUCCAAGCUGCGACUUAAGUGGCUUUGUGAGGCCUGACCCAGUUAUUAUUUCUUCUCCUCUUUCCACCUUCUUCAGCUCUUCACCCAGGCGGAACCCUAUUGUCCCAGAGACACAGGUUCUUCAUGAGGAGAUAGAGAUGCCAGGCUCAAACUUAAGACUUUGCUAUCUAAGUUCUCGAACUCAGGGGUACAAGUCAUUAUUAAAAAUCACUAUGACCCAAUCUACGGUUCCGCUUAACCUUCUUAAAGUUCAUUUGAUGGUGGCAGUUGAAGGACAUCUUUUCCAGAAGACAUUCCAAGCAUCACCAAAUUUAGCCUAUACAUUUGUCUGGGAUAAAAAUGAUGCAUAUGGUCAAAAAGUGUAUGGACUGUCGGAUGCCGUCGUGUCUGUUGGCUUUGAAUAUGAAACAUGUCUUGGUCUUAUUUUAUGGGAAAAAAGAACGGCAAUCUUGCAAGGUUUUGAACUGGAUCCCUCAAACCUUGGUGGCUGGUCUUUGGAUAAGCACCAUAUACUAAAUGCUAAAAGUGGCAUCCUGCAUAAAGGCAGCGGAGAAAAUCAGUUCCUUUCACAACAACCUGCUGUCAUUAUGAGCAUUAUGGGUAACGGGCGCAGGAGAAGUAUUUCUUGCCCGAGUUGCAAUGGUCUCGCUGAAGGGAACAAGCUAUUGGCUCCAGUAGCUCUGGCGGUUGGAAUUGACGGAAGCCUCUUUGUGGGAGAUUUUAAUUAUAUAAGACGCAUCUUCCCCUCCAGAAAUGUCACCAGUAUUCUGGAACUUCGAAACAAAGACUUUAAACAUAGCAACAACAUAGGACAUAAGUAUUAUCUGGCAGUAGAUCCUGUGUCAGGUUCAAUAUUUCUGUCCGAUACGAACAGCCGCAGAAUUUACAAAAUCAAGUCCCUGACAGGGGCAAAAGAUAUUGCCACCAACUUAGAGGUUAUCGCUGGCAAUGGCGAACAGUGUAUGCCCUUUGAUGAGGCCAGAUGUGGUAAUGGUGGCAAGGCAGUGGAUGCCAUUCUGACUAACCCAAGAGGUAUUGCUGUUGACAAGAAUGGACUAAUCUUUUUUGUUGAUGCAACAAUGAUACGAAAAGUUGACCAAAAUGGAAUAAUUUCAACGCUACUAGGAUCUAAUGACCUUGCAGCAGGACGACCUCUAAGCUGUGAUUCAAGUAUGGACAUCACUCAGGUACGCAUGGAAUGGCCGACGGAUUUAGCUGUUAAUCCAAUGGAUAAUUCCCUCUAUGUUUUAGAGAACAAUGUUAUUUUGCGCAUAACAGAAAACCAUCAAGUCAGCAUUAUAGCUGGACGUCCGAUGCACUGUCAGGUACCUGGCAUAGACUAUUCCCUCAGCAAACUGGCUAUCCAUUCCGCACUCGAGUCUGCCAGUGCCAUAGCUGUUUCCCACAGUGGGAUCCUUUACAUUGCAGAAACAAACGAAAAGAAAAUUAAUCGAAUACGACAAGUGACAACUAAUGGUGAAAUCUCUCUUUUAGCUGGGGCAGCUUCUGACUGCAACUGCAAAGACGAUGUCAACUGCAAUUGCUAUGCUGGGGAUGAUGGCUAUGCUACUGAUGCGCUUUUAAACUCGCCGUCAUCCCUAGCUGUAGCACCCGAUGGCACAGUAUAUAUUGCAGACCUGGGAAACAUUCGGAUAAGAGCUGUUCUUGAAAACAAACCUGUUCUUACUUCAUUUAAUCAGUAUGAAGUUGCAUCCUCAGGGGAACAAGAGUUAUACAUAUUUAAUAUCAAUGGUAUUCAUCAGUACACUCAGAGCCUGGUCACAGGAGAAUAUCUCUACAAUUUUACUUACAGUGCUGACAAUGAUGUGAUAGAAGUUAUUGAUAAUAGCGGCAACUCUUUGAAAAUCCGCAGGGAUUCUAAUGGUACUCCGCGACAUUUACUAAUGCCAGACAAUCAGAUAAUCACCUUGACACUCACUACCAGUGGAGGACUGAAGUUGGUUUCAACACAAAGUCUGGAGCUGUCUUUGAUGACAUACGAUGGAAAUACUGGACUGCUGACUACAAAAAGUGAUGAGACUGGCUGGACAAUGUUUUAUGAUUACGACAACGAAGGCCGCUUGACCAAUGUAACACGUCCGACUGGAGUUGUUACAAGUCUGCACCGAGAAAUGGAAAAAUCUAUUACUAUUGACAUAGAAAAUUCCAACCGCGAUGACGAUGUCACAGUCAUAACCAAUCUUUCCUCUGUUGAGGCAUCGUAUACAGUGGUUCAAGACCAAGUAAGGAACAGCUACCAGUUAUGCAGUAAUGGGACACUGAGAGUACUGUACGCAAAUGGGAUGGGGAUCAGUUUCCACAGCGAACCCCAUAUUUUGGCUGGCACAGUAACACCUACAAUUGGACGGCGCAAUAUUUCUUUGCCCAUGGAAAAUGGCCUGAACUCAAUCGAAUGGCGGCUACGUAAAGAGCAGACGAAAGGCAAAGUGACUGUGUUUGGGAGAAAACUGCGAGUCCACGGAAGAAACUUAUUGUCCAUAGAUUUUGAUAGGAAUUCUCAUACUGAAAAAAUAUACGAUGAUCACCGGAAGUUUACCCUGAGAAUCGUCUAUGAUCAAGUAGGACGACCACUCCUCUGGCUUCCAAGCAGCGGAUUAGCGCCUGUCAACGUGUCUUAUUUCUACAAUGGGAGAUUGUCUGGAUUUCAGCGCGGGGCCAUGAGUGAAAGAGCAGAGAUGGACAAACAAGGGAGAAUUAUCUCCCGCUCAUUUGCAGAUGGAAAGACGUGGAGUUAUACAUAUCUUGAAAAGUCCAUGGUGCUCCUUCUUCAAAGUCAGAGGCAGUACAUCUUUGAAUAUGAUUCAUCCGACCGCCUAUACUCUGUAACCAUGCCUAGUGUUGCUCGGCAUAGUAUGUCAACCCAUACAUCUAUUGGAUACAUCAGGAAUAUAUACAAUCCUCCAGAAAGCAAUGCAUCAAUCAUAUUUGACUACAGUGAAGAUGGCCGAAUUCUGAAGACAUCAUUUCUUGGUACUGGUCGACAAGUGUUCUAUAAGUAUGGGAAGCUGUCAAAGUUAUCUGAGAUCAUAUAUGACAGCACUGCAGUCACCUUUGGUUAUGAUGAAACCACUGGAGUUUUAAAAAUGGUCAAUCUGCAAAGUGGUGGUUUUUCUUGUACAAUUCGCUAUCGGAAAAUUGGACCAUUAGUGGACAAACAGAUAUACAGGUUUUCUGAAGAAGGUAUGGUUAAUGCUAGAUUUGAUUACACUUACCAUGACAACAGUUUCCGAGUGGCAAGCAUUAAACCUAUCAUAAGUGAAACCCCGCUUCCUGUUGAGUUAUACCGUUAUGAUGAUAUUUCUGGAAAAAUUGAACACUUUGGUAAAUUUGGCGUAAUAUACUAUGAUGUCAAUCAGAUCAUUACUACAGCAGUCAUGACCUUGACAAAGCAUUUUGACACUCAUGGACGCAUUAAAGAAGUUCAGUAUGAAAUAUUUAGAUCACUCAUGUAUUGGAUGACUGUUCAAUAUGACAGUAUGGGUCGGGUUAUAAAAAGAGAGCUGAAACUUGGUCCUUAUGCCAACACGACUAAGUACACAUAUGAAUAUGAUGGAGAUGGUCAGCUAUUAACUGUUGCAGUUAAUGACAGACAAACAUGGCGUUACAACUAUGACCUAAAUGGAAACCUGUACCUGUUGACUCCUGGAAAUGGUGUACGUCUGCUGCCUUUGCGAUAUGAUCUCAGAGACAGGAUAACACGCUUAGGGGAUGUACAAUACAAAAUAGAUGAUGAUGGGUUCCUGAGUCAAAGAGGUGCUGAUAUUUUUGACUACAACUCAAAGGGCCUUCUCACCAAAGCCUACAACAAGGUCCUCGGAUGGAAUGUACAAUAUCGCUAUGAUGGGUUGGGGCGUAGAGCUUCAUGUAAAACUAAUUUAGGCCUUCAUCUCCAGUUCUUUUAUGCUGAUCUUCACAACCCAACACGCGUUACUCAUGUCUAUAAUCAUUCAAAUUCCGAAAUUAUUUCUUUGUACUAUGAUUUGCAAGGCCAUCUUUUUGCAAUGGAAAGCAGCAGUGGGGAAGAGUAUUACAUUGCCUCCGACAAUACAGGCACGCCACUGGCAGCCUUCAGCAUCAAUGGGGUGAUGAUUAAACAGUUACAAUAUACUCCCUUUGGUGAAAUUUACUUUGAUUCAAAUCCAAAUUUCCAGCUUGUCAUUGGGUUUCACGGAGGAGUCUAUGAUCCUUUAACAAAACUUGUACAUUUUGCCCAGAGAGAUUAUGAUGUGUUGGCUGGUCGCUGGAUAUCUCCAGAUUACACAAUGUGGAAGAAAAUUGGACGAGAUCCUACUCCUUUCAAUUUAUACAUGUUUAAGAAUAACAAUCCUCUGAGCACUGAAAUGGAUUUAAAAAACUAUGUAACAGAUGUGCAAAGCUGGUUGGUGAUGUUUGGAUUUCAACUGAGUAACAUUAUUCCUGGUUUUCCAAGAUCCAAAUUGCACUUUGUGCCACCUCCAUAUGAACUGACUGAGAGUCAAGAAUGUGAAAACGGACAGCUAAUUACUGGUGUUCAGCAGACCACUGAAAGACACAAUCAAGCAUUUAUGGCAUUGGAGGGUCAGACCAUAGUAAAACGACUGCACGCAAACAUAAGAGAGAAACUGGGACACUGGUUUGCAACUACAGUUCCGAUAAUUGGAAAAGGAAUAAUGUUUGCAAUCAAGGAAGGCAAAGUGACAACAGGAAUGUCUAGCAUCGCCAGUGAAGACAGUCGGAAAAUUGCUCUGGUGCUUAACAGUGCACACUAUCUGGAAAAAAUGUACUACAACAUUGAAGGAAAGGACACACAUUAUUUUGUGAAAAUCGGCUCAUCUGACAGCGACCUAGUCACCUUGGGUUUGACGACAGGUCGUAAAACACUUGACAGUGGAGUUAACAUUACAGUUUCCCAGCCAACUCUGCUUAUAAAUGGAAGGACUCGCAGGUUUACAAACAUAGAAUUACAGCAUUCAUCCCUUAUUUUAAAUAUCCGCUAUGGAUUGACUGUCGACACUCUGGAUGAAGAAAGAGCAAGAGUUCUUGACCAAGCACGUCAGCGGGCACUGAGUGCCGCUUGGGCAAAAGAGCAGCAAAAAGCACGGGAUGGUAAGGAAGGUAGCCGUUUAUGGACUGAGGGUGAAAAACAACAGCUUUUAAGCACAGGAAGAGUUCAAGGAUAUGAGGGGUACUAUGUUCUUCCGGUGGAGCAGUACCCUGAGCUUGCAGACAGUAGCAGUAACAUCCAGUUCUUGAGACAGAACGAAAUGGGAAAGAGGUAACAAAUUAAUCUGCAGUCAUCCAUUCCUGGAUGAAUCAGUAUUAACAACUGUUAUCUCCUCUCCUAAGGAGAUGAAGACCUAAUUGGGGCACUAGGCUGAAUUGUUUUGUGACAGUUAAGUAGCAGGAAAGCUCACAUUUUUUGAGUUGUACGCUGCUGAAAACCACAAAUUGAAGUGGACUCGAAGCCUGACAUAAUAUACAACACAACUAAACACAAAGUACCCCUGUGAUAUUACCCACUUCUUCUGGGUCUCUGCUCAAUAAUAAAUAAGGCCUCUAAUUACCUCACUUUGACAUGUGAGUAAAGUUUCAAAUAAUUCAAAAUGGCCACCCUUUACAAGAUCUUUUGCUGAAAACUACUAAGACUGCUUCUUUGAUAAGUAUUCCGAUGUUUUGAUUUAUGAAGAAUGCUUACUGCAUUGAAACAAACAAAAUGAGAUUUAAAAAAAAGACUUUGGAGUGAUUUGUAGACUUAAUUCAGAAAAACAAAGAGCACUGGAUAGACUCUUGACAAGAAAACACAAACUUGACUUGCACUCUUAUCCCAAAAUGCUCUGACUUAAUUUAUUCAUACAGUGGGUAGAGUGUGAUGUGUGAGUCAAAUUGGAGGCUUCACUACAGUUAAAUUCAUCCUCUUGUUUGUAUUUGAGAAAUCCAUUGUGGACAAUACAGUAUAACACAGUUACAGGGUGUAGUCUGUCUAGAAUCAGUAGUUUGUUGGUAUCAGUUCCAGUAGAGAUGUGGGCAUUGUGACACUAUCGCAAGUGGGCACCUCUUCUGAGAUCACCCUGUUCAUAUAAAAAAGGCCAGAUGGCACAAUCACUGUUUCAGAUUAAAACUAGAAAUGUGUUUGUUUGGUCAAAACAAUAAACUGAGACAAUCACCUUGCAGUCACUACAAAAAAAUGAUUAUGAACUUUUGGUAUUUUUUUUUUUUUUUUGUAAUAUACAUGUAUGAACUGUUCAUUGAGUUUUUAUAUUAUUUUAAUUUGCUGCUAAAUGAAGAUUAGAGACAGGCAAAGAUAAUUUAUGGCAAAGUGUUUAAAUU